AAUGAAAAAGAUUUGAAGUAUGAACAAAUCCAGAAAUCUAAUGCUCACGAGGAAACGUAUAUGGAAAAUGACAAAGAUUUGAAGUUUGAACAAAUUAAAAAAUCCAAAACACAUGAAGGAACCUAUAUGGAAAAUGAAAUAAAUUUGAAGUAUGAAGAAAUAAAGGAAUCCAAAGCACAUAAAGGAAUGUAUAUGGAAAAUGAAAAAGACUUGAAGCAUGAAAAAAUGAAGAAAUCCAAAGCACAUAAAGGAAUGCACAAGAAGAAUGAAAAAGAUUUGAAGUAUGAACAAAUCCAGAAAUCUAAUGCUCACGAAGGAACGUAUAUGGAAAAUGACAAAGAUUUGAUGUUUCAACAAAUUAAAAAAUCCAAAACACAUGAAGGAAACUAUAUGGAAAAUGAAAUAGAUUUGAAGUAUGAAGAAAUAAAGAAAUCCAAAGCACAUGAAGGUAUAUAUAUAGAAAAUGAAAAUAAAUGCAUUCGUCAGGUUGUAGAUGUAUCAAUGAAACACGAAAAUGAAUCAAUGUUGGGAGAAAAAUUAUAUCAAGAUGAUCCUAGAAAUGAAAUUGAAGAAAUUGAAUUGAAUGUAAAUAAAUCUAGAAAUGAAAUUAAAGACGAAUUAAAUAAAAAUAGAUUAGAAGAAAAUCCUUUUCAAACUGUAUGGAAUAUUAGGAAUGGCACAUUAAAUGAGGAAAUAGAAAAUGAAAUAAAUUUACAAAAAGAAAAACCUACAUGUGAUUUUGAAAUGAAAAAUUUAGGAAAUAAAACGUCAAUCAAGAAUGAUGUAUGUAGUUGGAAUACAUGGAUAAAUAUACAUUUGGUAGCCUUACUUGAGAAUAAAAAAGAAGAAUGGAAAUUGAAUAAAACCGAAUUUUUUAAUAUUUGUUUAGAAGAGAUCAAAAAAGAUGGAGAAAAUUCUAAUUUAAAAGAAAUGGGAAAUAAUUUUGUAUCGAAAAUAAAAGAAGAAAAUAAUACCGAUACAAUAGAUAAAAAUAGUAGUAUAUUAGAGAAAUAUAAAAAUGAACAGUGGUUUAUUAAUUUGAAGAAAGAAUGGGAACAAGAACAGGAAAAACACCUACAAUAUUUAGAAGAACAUGAAAUUAAAAAAAUGUCAGAAUUGGGAUUAAAUAAUUUUAUUCUAGGUAAAAAAAAAAAAAUAUGGAAGAAAUGGAUAGAAUGUCAAAUAGAGCAUUCAUAUGAAUACAAAAAUCAGAAAUGGUUUGUACAAUUGCUAGAAGAAUAUGAAAAAGAAGAAAAUGAAGAAAAUUUAAAGGAAGAAAAUAUAGAGAAAGAAAAAAAUAAUGGAAUAGAUAAAUGUGAAAAGAAAAAAAAUUUGGAAAGGAGAAUUUUGUUAGAUAUUCAUAUGAUGGUAUUAGAGGAAUGUAUGAAAGAAGAGUUGCAAAAAGAAGAAGAAUUUUAUAAAACAAACAUAAUAGAGAUAAGAAAAUUUAAAAAUUUGGAGGAAGAAACAAAUAAAUUAGAAAAAAUAGGAAAAGAAAGAAGUUGGAAUGUUAUAUCAGAGAAAGAAAAAGAGGAAAUAGAAAAAUGGAAAAAAGAAAAAUGGUUUAUUGAGUUAAUGCUAGAAUGGAAAAAUAAUGAAGAAAAUUAUAUGAUGGAGAUAAAUGAAGAAAUUUUAGCAAAAAAGAAUCAAGAAAGUGUAAUAGAUGUUAUCUUAGAAAGACAAAGCAAUAUAUUGAAAAAACACUGUGAAAAUAUUUAUAGAAAGUGGAAGGAAAAUGACAACAAUGAGGAAUGGUUUACAAAGUUAGUUAAAGUACAUGAAAAUGAAGAGAAAGAAUAUAAAAGUAGAAUUUAUAAAAAUAAUAUAGAAAAAGAAAAUGAAAAAACCAUAGAAAUAAGUGAAUCAAUAACAGAGAUUAAUAAAAUGGAGGAAGGAAAAAUGAAAAAAUAUGAAAGGAAUAGUUUACAGGAAUCAUAUGAAAAGAAUAAUUCUAUAAUAAUCAAAAAAAAAUUAAAAUGGAAGACAUUAAUAGAAAUACACAUGAUUGUAUUAGAAGAAUGUAAAAAAGAUGAGUGGUUGCUGAAUAGAGGAAAAUUUUUGGAAGCAUGCUUAGAUGAAUUUAUAAAAGAAGAAAAAGAAAAAUAUCCAGAAAUAAUAGAAAAUGAUUUAGCAAUGAUGAGAGAAGGGGAAGAAGACAUUAGUACAUUGAUGAUUCAGAAACAAAAACUUUUAUGGAAAAAAUGGGUACAAAGAAACAAAAGAAUGUCAGAGAAAUGGAUAAAUGAAGAAUGGUUUAUUAAUUUAAAAAAAGAAUGGGGAAAAGAACAAGAAAAAUUUAAUGAAUUAACAAAAGAAUCAGAAAUAUCAGAUAUAGUAGCAGGAAAAAAUCCUAUGCUAGAGAAACAAAAAAGAAUAUGGAAACGAUGGCUAAGAAAACAAAGAAUGUGGUUUAUACUACAUAGCGAGGAUGAAUGGUUUAACAAUUUAUUGGAAGAAUACGAAGAAGAAGAAGAAGAAAGUAUGAAAAGAAUAACUAAAAAAGAUACGAAAAAAGAGAAGGAAAUUCAUGAAAAUAUAGAAGAAUUGAAGCAAGUAGGAGAUAAUGAAAUAGAGAAAAAUAUUAAAAAAAGGAAGAAAUUGAUACAAAAGGUUUUGAUAGAAAUACAUAUGACGCUAUUAGAAGAAUGUAUGAAAGACGAAUGGCAAAAAGAAAAAGAAUAUUUUUUUAAAACAAUGAUGGAAGAGUUGAAAAUACAAGAAAAUUUAGAUGAAAAUGUUAUCAUAUUGGAAAUAAAAAAAAAAAGAAGUAGGAAUGCUAUAUUAGAUAUUGAAAAAGUGGAAAUAGAAAAAUGGAAAAAGAAAAAAUGGUUUAUAGAGUUAAUGUUGGAAAUGAAUAACAAGGAAAAAACAUACAUAAAAGACGUAUAUGAAGAUAUGAUAGCAAAAAAUAAUGAGAAAAGAAUUAAAAAUCCCAUGUUAGAAAUGCAAAAAAUUAUAUGGAAAAAACACUGUGAAGAUAUUCAUAAAAAGUGGUUAGAAAAAAAUAAUAAGGAAAUUUUACAACACUAA